GUAGAUGUGGUAUAGCGAAUGCUCCAUUCUUCCCAUGAGUCACCGCCCCAACCCAGUUCUAAGUUGUCAAAUGUUUGGGUCAUUCGGAAGGCAUUCAGGAAAGACACGCCCAGAAGUCGGGUUUUUUCCGUGUUAAGUGUGAACAAUUAUUUUGCAAUGACUGCAGACCAGUUUGGAACCAUCACAGUAAAAUGGGAUCCCAAAAAUUUAGAAAUUCGGACCAUGUCGGUGGAGAAAACUUUGGAGCCUCUUGUUCUUCAGGUGACUACACUUGUGAACACCAAAGGGCCCUCCAAAAAAAAGAAAGGGAGAUCAAAAAGAGCCCUUGUGCUAGUUGCUGCUGUGGAGAAAGCUACAGAAAACUUUAUUGAACGUGGGGAAAUGAUUGCCUAUGAAAAUCCAGAUAUUAAGUCUGAAAUGUUAUCUGCUGUUGAGGAAGUCCGCAAAACUGGUGCCGCCAUGAGUCUUGCUGCCCGUGAAUUUGCUGAUGAUCCAUGUUCAUCUCUCAAAAGAGGAAACAUGGUCAGGGCUGCUCGUAAUCUACUUUCAGCGGUAACAAGACUUCUGAUUCUGGCUGACAUGGUUGAUGUUCAUCUUCUUUUGAAAUCUCUACGAGUUGUUGAAGAUGAUUUGGAAAAGGUAAAAAAUGCAUCUUCUCAGAAAGAAUUGGUGGAAAACAUUACAGCAUUUGGACGCAAUGCAUCUGAGCUCAUGAAUCAAGCUGCAAAGCGUCAACAAGAGCUGAAAGAUCCUCAACUGCGUGAUGAUUUGGCUGCAGCACGAGCUGUGCUCAAGAAGCAUUCUACUAUGCUUCUCACAGCAUCCAAGGUUUAUGUCCGCCAUCCUGAACUCGCUGCAGCCAAGGCUAACAGAGAUUAUGUUUUUAAACAAGUUUGUGAAGCAGUGACAACUAUCUCUGAUGUAGCACAAGGCAAGGGACCACAAGUGCCCCAACACCCAUAUGAUGGCCCAGGAGAACUUGCUGCUGCUUUGGAUGAUUUUGAUGACCGCAUUGUUAUGGACCCGUUGGCAUACAAUGAGGUUCGCACACGCCCUUCCCUGGAAGAGCGUUUGGAAAGCAUUAUCAGUGGUGCUGCUCUCAUGGCUGAUUCAAGUUGCACAAGAGACGAGAGACGAGAAAGAAUUGUUGCUGAAUGCAAUGCAGUGCGCCAGGCUCUGCAGGAGCUACUUUCAGAGUACAUGAAUAAUCAAGUACAAGGUACGCGGAGUCUGCUGAUGGGUGUCAAAGAACCAACUGAGAAUCUUGAGAGAGCCAUUGAUCAUAUGUGUCGCAAAACUCGAGAUUUACGGCGCCAACUGAGAAAAGCUGUCGUUGACCAUGUGUCUGACAGCUUCUUGGAAACAAAUGUACCUUUGCUGGUGCUGAUUGAAGCCGCUAAAAAUGGCAAAGAACAGGAAGUGGAGGAAUAUGCCCAGGUGUUUACUGAGCACGCCAACAAACUGGUUGAGGUUGCUAAUUUAGCAUGCAGUAUGUCUGGCAAUGAAGACGGUGUGAAGAUGGUGCGGUAUGCUGCUGCUCAGAUUGAAACGCUCUGUCCGCAAGUCAUCAAUGCCGCGCGGAUCCUGGCCGCCCGGCCAAGCUCUAAAGUCGCUUUGGAGAACAUGGAUGUCUUCAGAGACGCUUGGGAAAGCCAAGUUCGCAUCCUUACAGAGGCUGUUGAUGACAUAACCACCAUUGACGACUUCCUUGCUGUUUCUGAGAACCACAUUUUAGAAGAUGUCAACAAAUGUGUGCUAGCUCUCCAAGAGGGUGAUGCUGAUACCUUGGACCGCACAGCGGGGGCUAUCCGAGGCCGUUCAGCUAGAGUAGCAAAUGUUGUAGGGCAAGAAAUGGACAAUUAUGAACCUGGCAUCUACACAGAGAGAGUUUUGGAGGCUGUCAAAGUUCUCCGUGAUCAAGUAAUGCCAAACUUUGCCCAAAGAGUGGAAAUUGCCGUUGAUGCUCUUUCCUGCAAUCCUGCCAAAGAAGUCGAUGAAAAUGAAUUCAUUGAUGCAUCACGCCUUGUUUAUGAUGGAGUGCGGGAAAUACGUAGAGCUGUUCUUAUGAACAGGAGUGAUGAAGAGCUUGAUCCAGAGGAUGUUGAAUUUGAUGAACAUUAUACAAUCGAAACAAGAAGCAAAUCGAGUGCUCAUACCAAUGAACAUGGAGUUGAUGAGUACCCUGAUAUAAGUGGCAUUACAACUGCUAGGGAAGCAAUGAGGAAGAUGACUGAAGAAGACAAGCAGAAAAUUGCUCAGCAAGUGGAACAUUUCCGCAGUGAAAAGCUGAAGUUUGAUCGUGAAGUUGCUAAAUGGGAUGACACAGGCAAUGAUAUAAUUGUUCUUGCAAAACACAUGUGCAUGAUUAUGAUGGAAAUGACUGACUUCACUCGUGGCCGUGGACCGUUGAAGACAACAAUGGACGUUAUCAAUGCUGCAAAGAAAAUUUCUGAGGCUGGCACAAAUCUUGACAAAUUCACAAGGAUGAUUGCAGAUCAAUGUCCAGAAUCAUCUACCAAGAAGGAUCUCCUGGCCUACUUGCAACGAAUUGCUUUAUACUGUCACCAACUUAAUAUUACUUCCAAAGUGAAAGCUGAUGUACAAAACAUAUCAGGAGAACUUAUUGUGUCUGGGUUGGAUAGUGCAACAUCCCUUAUUCAAGCCGCCAAAAAUUUGAUGAAUGCUGUUGUCUUAACUGUCAAGGCAUCUUAUGUUGCCAGCACAAAAUAUCCACGUCAAGGAGCUGUCUCUGAAGUGACAGAAAGGGGAUUUGACAAGCGUGAUUCCUCUUAUUUUUAUUUCCCCAUCACUUCAACAUAUGCUAUUCUGUACAGCGUGAAUCUGUCUCCAAUUGUUGUUUGGAAGAUGAAGGCUCCAGAGAAGAAGCCACUGGUAAGACCCGAGAAACCUGAGGAGGUUCGAGCCAAAGUUCGUAAGGGUUCACAGAAGAAGGUCCAGAAUCCCAUCAAAGCUCUGAGCGAGUUCCAAAGUCCUGCUGAGGCAGUGUAAAUCAUUAUCAUAUGAUUGCUGUUUGCACAAAGGCUUUUUAAAGUGACUGUUCUCUCCUUCCGUUUUAUAUUAUGAGUAUGCUUCCGUUUUUGUAUGUAUUCUGCAGAACUCUGAUUGUAGAUUCAUCUUAAAGGUCUCGGUUGUACAUUAUUUCAUACUUCCAUCCCACUUGAUGGAGUCCCGUCUACUUCUGUAAACCUUGAGAUUUUAGUAGUUGUUGUACCCCACAAGAAAUUUCUAUUUCCUUUCCUUCAUUUAUGACAAGAUUAUAUUUAUUUAUUUUAUUUCAAGGUGUAUUUUAUUAGUAAUUUAAGUGAAAUUUUAUUUCCAUUUGUUACAUAGCAUUUUAUUCAUGAUUGAAUUUGUUUUCAUUUGGUUUUAUCUUUUCUUACGUACAUUGUGAUUUAAUAUGUUAGUAUUACUGGUGUUUAUAUUAUCAUUCUUUAGGCUGUAAGGGCAGCCCAGAAAGAAAAAAAUGUUAGUACCACUUUAAGGUAUCUAAUGUGAUACCGACACUUUUUUCUCCCUGGAAGGUAAAUCAUAAUCUGUUGAUUUUACUUUAUUUUUAUGCACUUAAAAAUAUUGAUCAAUUAUUUCAUAAAUACAUAAUUUUAUAUCCAUAUGUAUGUCAAUGUGUCCAUUUUCGUGCCAACAAUCUGUAUUAAGUGCAGCUAAACAACUACAUGUUGUCAAGAAUGAAUUUUUCAGUAUUAGUUACUCAUACAUUCUUGUCUCUUUUCUGUACAGUAUUCAGAAUCCUACCAUGAUUCAAUCAAUUAUUAUUUGUACUCAAUCUGGAAUAAAGUGUAUUGUCAUAUACUCUGUAA